AUGGAUCUCAACAGUACUUCGCAUAAUUUAUAUACUGCACUCUAUCUGUUUCGUCAAGAUCCAAACAACGAGUCGCUUCGGACAGACUUUUUAAAUCGAUUGUGCGCAUUUGUAACAGAAAGUGGUCCGUCCGUCCACUUCUUUCAUAAUCAUCCAGAUGCUGCUGUCGAAGCCAUGCUCGUCUUGUCCUUGACUGAAUCCAGUCCGGCAGUCAAUCAAUUUCAACAUAUUCUCUCCAAACAGCUCUCCCAUUGUCUCGAAUGCAUCAAUGUUUACUAUCUGGCAAGAACUUCUUUUUUCAAAAUAUAUUCUUCUGUGUAUCUCAAGCAGAACUUGGAUAAAUUUUUACAUUGGUUGGAGAAUUGGGAUCUGACACGUCACGCAUCAACCCUGUCAAAGUUUUUAGAAGCACUCGCCUUGUGCAAAUCAGAUCCUGUAGCAGAAAAAAAUCUUCGAAAAGAUACUCUUAUUAUCAUUUAUGAGAUCUUAAAUCAUCCAGCUUCAUUGCGUGUUGAUUCAAUAGACCAUUCGUUUACUUCUUUACUAUUGUCUGUACAGCAAAAAUCUAAACUUAAACUUCGUGACUUGGUAUUCCCAGGAGUUGUUUUACUAAGUGUUCAUCGCAUUCCAGCAGUGCGUGAGUGGGCACAAGGCUGCAUUCUCCAAGCAGCAAUUCCUAUUAAAAUGUCGGCUUUACCCAAUCUAGCAAAUGUUCUAUUGAGCAUUAUACACAAAAUUAGACUUUUGUAUCACAGUCAAGAAAAUCAUUUGAAUUUAAACGAUGGAUGGAAUAUUUCAACUAGCGAGCAUGCUCUAUGGAAAGGAUUUGCUUUGUUUUGCGCCAUGAUCGAAAAGAGUGAUGUUAAACAGUUUUUUGAUCAGCUUAUGCCAGAUGCAGAUAGACUGAUAUGCUCUGCAUUGUCCAAAGAUAACGCUGAAGAGUUUUGGAUUAAAUUCGAGUUUUUUCAGAUUGUAAUCAACUCUGCUUCCACACAGUGGCUGUCUUCAAGUAAAUGUCCAACAAGCUUUCGCACUAUCAUAUUAACACACAUCCUCAAGUCUCGUGAUGUGGUGGAUCUUUUUUGCAAACCUUGGAAUACUAUUGAUGCUCCACUCAAAUCUCAUAAUAAUUCGCGCAUAAAACUUUUGUGUGAUACAAUUCUCAAGUUUAUUUUACUCACUCCAUCUUUAGAAUCAACGACUGAUUCUUUUGAACUAUACGACUGGCUAUUACCGUGCAUGGAGGACUUGCGGCUAAUUUACCUGCAUUGUACUUUACACGCUAAACAGACUAUGGAUCUUUUUCUUGUCAAACUUCUUGAAAUCAAGAAUUUGCGUCUCUCUAUAUCCAUUAAUCCAUUGAUACAUUUGAUUGGCCAAAAAAAUGCAUUCAUCAAUACAACUUUGUUUGGCCUUGUUGAAGCUGCAGUUCAACAGGAUGUACAGCAGAUACUACACAAUGAGCAAAACACGACUCCACACACUUGUUUCACUUUAGGUAGUCUAGGCUGGACCAACCUUCAAUCAUAUCCAUUUGAGCCUGCAACAUUAUCCGCUCUUGUACGCUCAGUGCUUCCUUUGACAUUUUCAUCUGCAAUUGAUCGUGGUGCUUCUAUUUAUAAUUUGUCGCCCAACUCAACGGGAGAUAUUGAAGCAUUGGGCAAUGUUGUGUUGUCUAUUCGCUGCUGGCUUCGUCAGGCCACUUUGCUCGGCCAUUCAGUAUCUUUUGAUUUGAAUACAAGACUGUGUCUUGUUUUAUUCAAUGAUAUUGAAUCACAGACUAUUUCCCGAGACAUUUUUAUUCACAGUGGAUCUCAAGAGAGUUUCUCAGAGGUCUUGUCUUUUCAAAUUAUGGAAAAUCCAACUCAAUUUUUAAACGAAUUAUUCAAUUGUUUAAUUUAUUUCAAAAAAAACUGUCACCAGCCGACAAACUGCCUUCAUUCUGCAAAUGCGGUUGUUGAAUUAUUAGACACGAUCGUUGUUCAAACCUUGAAAAAGCAUUGUAGCUCCUUGAUUGACUCUAGAUCUGAUGACCAGUCUAUGUGGACGACGCAGCAUUCAUUAAAUCUAUGGCUACAUUGCUACUUGACGACAUUCUCUAUUCUUAAUGCGUGCUUGAGAUGGGCAAAGUAUGCGUGCUUUUCCUCACAGGAGAUCAAGAAGCUUGUUUACAAUACUUUGGUUUUUAUGCGCACGCUGUUUCAGUACCAUAAAAAUAUUCUUCCUGCAGAUAUAAAGCAAAAUUUGCUGUCUGAUUGGUGCCAAGAAUGUACUCAGGUGCUACUUCCAUGGACCAAAACAACUGAUUCUGAGUUGAAAACCAUUGCUUUAUCUUUUGUUCUAGAAAUACUAUCACUGUCUACCACUAUUUGUGCAAUAUUUGAAUUUAAGCUGUUUGAAAAAAUUAACAGCUUGUCGACUUUGUGCAGUAUGAUGAAUGAUUCACAAAGUAUGGAUUUUGCAAUGUGGAUUUCGCAGCAAGAGCAUCACCAUGGAAUAUCAUUUCAAUCACAAAAGUCUGUUUUAAAUACUAAAUCCAACGGCACUGCAAUUUCUGAUGAAGCAAAAAGUCAAAAAGUCGUGCCAAAUGAUCAGCCUACGACCACCGACAACAGCUUGGCACUAUCAUCAGCAAAUGAGGUCGAGUCUACUACUUCUACAUCGAAAUCUAAAGCGGUAGUGCAUAAAUCUAAAAUAGCACUAAUCAGUCAAGACCUAACACACUUAUCCAAUAGUGAUUCUCGUUCUGAUUCCAGCGAGGAUGAUUUCAGUGAUUCAGAUUUGGAGUUUCUAGAUAAUCCAAACGAGAAUCUGCCAAGAACGUCUGAUGAACAUACUUUUACAAAACCACUUUUUUCAAAUUAUACACAAUCUAAACCAUUAAAUGGUUGUGUAUCUACACCAGGGAAUACAUCCUCAACCAAUACUUUGAUUUUACAACGUCGUGGGUUUGCACUGCCUCGUAACGUUUUAUCUGGUAGUAAAAGCCGUAGUUCGGCUACAUCUGGUAAACUGUCCAAACUUCAGCAAUUGCGCGCCGAAGCAGCCGUUCAUUGUCGACGAUCUAAUAUUAUGAAGCCAAUCACUCCUGUUCGUUCAACAUCAGCAUCAGUUACAACCACUACGUUUGAAGUGAAACCUUCUGCUCGUAUUACAGCAAUAGAAAAUGGCGAGCUACGCGAAAGACGCCAGGUUAAAACAAUAGAUUUGCCUCUUAGCAUGAACAGCUCAUCACGCAUGGGUAGAUUAAUUCAAACAGCUGCUACAAUGAAGUCCACGCCCGUAAAACCACUUCGAUCAAUCAAAGAUUUGUACAAAAUUGUGUUAUCGUGGGAUAUCUCCAUGGAUGCAAGUCAGCUUCCAUCUAAUAUAAAAUCUAAAAAGAUGGUAGUUGUACCUAAUAUGUUUCAGCUGCCCAUUGACUAUAUCAAUUGCUUUGAGCCUCUUUUGUUUUUGGAAUGUUGGCAACAAUUUGUUCAAGCGCGAGAUGAAUUGCACAAUUCAGACUCGAUUGUGAUACUAAUUCAUUCUGUGCAAAUGGUCGAUGAUAUGCAUGAUAUAACGCUGCUGGCUCAACCAUCCGAUAUGAAACUUCAACAACUGUCUGAAAAUACAAUUUUGCUUUUGACUAUGCCAGAAUCAAACAUAACGCUACUGGCCUGCAUUCGAAGCAUGUCAUACAAGGAUAACGACGUAUACGUUGUUUGUCAAACUUUUCUUGGCAAUCGCAUGCAAAUAAUACCUCAUCUAAAACCUAAAUCGAAAUGGGAUGCCACACUAGUGUUUUCUCUUACAACCUUUAUGCGAGAAUAUCGCACUCUGAUUGCAAUUAAUUCUAUUCCGUUAUCGAAAGAGAUACUUCAGCCUGCACAGACUAAACAACUUGCUCCAAACAAGGCCAGAGUGGAUGAAUAUCAGCAGAAUUUAAAGGUAAAUUUUCCGCAAGCAAAUGCGAUUGCUGCAGCAAUCGAGUGUAAAUCUGGAUUCGUGUUGAUACAAGGACCACCUGGUACAGGCAAAACCAAAACCAUUUUAGGUCUGAUUGGAGCACUGCAGUGUACAGCUACAGUUAUUUCUUUACCAGGAAAAAGUAACGAAAGGUUAAAUUCACAUCAACAAAAUCUAGCUGCUACGAGUUCUGCAUCAUCACAUAUACCAGCAUCAAAAAAACGCCUUCUUUGCUGUGCUCCAAGUAACGCAGCAAUUGACGAAAUUGCUCGUCGGUUGAUUGAUGGCAUUCUCAAUUUAAAGGGACAGAUUUAUAAACCAAAGAUUGUUCGAGUUGGCACGACUGCCAUUCACGCAGAUAUUAAAAGCGUGACCUUGGAUUAUCUUGUAGAGGAGCGACUCAAAACAGAUAUUGAUUACCAAAAGGCAGAUUCAAAGAUUCACGAUGCAGGCACAAACCGAUCUGAUAUUUUCAAAGAAAUGGCACAGCUAAAAAGCGAGCGAGAUAAUCUUCGUGCAUUUGAAGAUCAACCCAUUGAAAUUUCUGGCAAAACACCCACACCAUCUACAACCAAACUUCGCGAGAUUGGUGCUCGAAUGGCUGCUUUAGCUAAAUUGCUGGACAAUGAGGCAAUGUCAAAAAAUGAUGGUGGAGUAGAGCUUGAGCGUGCAAAGCGAAAUAUUCGUGCAAAGAUUUUGGCUGAAGCAGAUGUUGUUUUGGCUACCUUGAGUGGUGCUGGGCAUAAUCAAUUUUCAGAAGCAAAACAGUGUACGUUUCAUACAGUGAUUGUGGAUGAAGCGUGUCAAGCUGUUGAACUAAGUUGUCUGAUUCCAUUGUGCUAUGGUGCACAAAAAUGUAUUAUGGUGGGAGAUCCGAAUCAGCUACCACCAACAAUUUUGUCACAAGUAGCGCAAGAUUACUCUUAUGAUCAAAGUCUGUUUCAGCGCUUAAUGAAAAGCUGCAAAGACUCGAUUCAUCUGCUCAGCAUUCAGUAUCGCAUGCAUCCGCAUAUAUCACUGUUUCCGAGUCUUAAUUUUUACAACUCUGCGCUCAAGGACGCGCCAGGCUUGAAUACCAUUUGCUCAGCUCCGUGGCAUAGUCAUCGACUUUUCCCUCCAUACUUGCUUUUAAAUGCCGUGUCUGGACAAGAGCAGUUUGGAUCAAGGAAAUCUUUGUUUAAUCACGAAGAAGCUUCACUUUGUGUUGGAUUGGUUAAAACCAUAUGUACCAAUUUUCCUGAUAUCAAGUUUUUUGCUAGAAUCGGAAUUAUUACAUUCUAUAAGCUUCAAGCACGAAAAUUGCGAGAUAUGUUUGUUAAGCACUUUGGUCACGCUAUUUUGAAUAGUGUAGAUAUCAAUACUGUGGAUGGAUUUCAAGGCCAAGAAAAGGACAUUAUUUUACUCAGUUGUGUUCGAGCGAGUAAAGAUACCGAUCGCAGCGUUGGAUUUAUCAGCGACACUCGGCGAAUGAAUGUGGCUCUAACCCGAGCCAAGCAUUCACUCAUUAUUAUUGGCAACUCUCACUCAUUAAAAACUGAUCCUGUUUGGAAAAAUUUAGUGAACAACGCCAAACAACGAUCUUUGACUCUCAAGAUCAGUUCCAAGGACAUUCAAGUUGGUAGUAAUGCCACUUUUUCUAAUCUUAUAGAUGACAUACCAAGCAAAUCGUCCAGCUCCGGUAUGACCAAUAAUCGUAAAAAUGAAACACAGCAACUAUCAAAUAACAAUCAACCUGGAAAGCAUGGUAACGAACCAAAAAAGCGAAACUACUCCAACUCUUAUGAUUAUCAACAAGGAUCAAACAAAAAAUUCAGCAAUCAGUCACAUUAUUCCCAUGAUAAAUUGUACUCAAAAAAGAAGCGCAUGUGA